UUGUAAGAUAGCGUUUAAAACGAAAGUAGGAAACGAUACACGUAAAACCACCAACUAAAAGAUUUAUUUUUUGAAAUGGAAAAUUGUUUUCUUGUCGCUGCAAUCGACUUUGGAACUACAUACUCUGGCUAUGCCUUCGGAAUGGUUCGUGAAUUGGAGGAGGAUCCGAUGAAGAUUCACGCAAAUCAGGCCUGGGUCUCCGGACAACAAAAUCUGUUGUCCCUAAAGACCCCAACAUGUCUACUGCUGGAUAAAAAUAAGAAAUUCAAGUCGUUUGGAUAUGAGGCAGAGAACCAGUACAACAACAUAACUAUGGACGAAGAGACCGAGGAUUAUUAUUACUUUUACAGAUUCAAAAUGAAUCUACAUGAGAGUGAGGAGUCAUUAGAAAACUUACAUAUUAAAGACGCCAGUGGAAAGGAGCUCCCUGCAAUGACAGUCUUUUCUCUUUCCAUCAAAGCCCUUAAAGACCAUUUAAUUGAUCUUCUAGAUACAAGAGGUACAACUCUGAAGGCGGACGAAGUUCUGUGGGUACUAACAGUACCUGCAAUCUGGACAGAUUCUGCCAAGAUUUUCAUGAGGAAAGCAGCCAAAAAGGCGGGAAUAAAAGAUGAGUGUUUGAAGCUCGCUUUGGAGCCUGAGGCAGCAUCAAUUUACUGUCAACACAUCCAUGUGGAUCGUUCCAAAGGACAGCGAGGUUUUGGUGUAUCCGCUGUGGGUACAAGAUAUAUGGUCAUAGAUCUGGGGGGAGGAACUGCCGACAUCACGUGUCAUGAGAAGUUGGAUGAUGAUUUUCUGAAGGAGCUGUAUAAAGCGAGUGGAGGGGCGUGUGGGGGUACGGCAAUGGACGCUAAAGUUCUUGGCGUGAUCAAGGAAAUUGUGGGAGACUCGGUCUUCGAUGAAUUCAAGAGGGUCCACGUAGAGGGAUAUAUGGACCUACUACGGGAAAUUGAAGUCUUCAAACGAAAUAUUAAACCUGAAAGUGACGGAAAAAUUACUAUGACCAUACCAUAUGUUUCCCUCCAAGAAAUUUGCUCCGACAAAUUAAAUAAAAGUUUUAAAGAAUUGCUUGCAAGUUCUUCUGUGUCUCAUGAUGUUUCUCUAACAGGGCAGAAGUUUCGCUUCAGUGCAGGUUUUGCAAAACAGCUUUUUACAUCUAUUACUGAUCAGAUUGUGGAGUAUAUAAGGCUCAUUUUAAUGCAACCAGAAGUACAAAAGAUAAAUAGAUUUUUACUGGUCGGAGGUUUCGCAGAGAGUCCAAUGGUGCAACAUGCCAUUAAAGAGAACUUUCCUGAUAAACGUCUCAUAAUUCCUCAAGAGGCUGGCUUAGCCGUGCUGAAAGGUGCUGUUUUGUUUGGUCAUCGGCCAAAGACGAUCAAAAGCAGGGUGAUCAAGUAUUCUUAUGGUGUAAAAACCACACCAGUAUUUGAUCCAAUGGUUCAUGACCCUAAACGAAGAUGUAUUAUUAACGGAGUUGAUCGAUGCCAGAAUGUUUUCGGAUGUUUCAUGAAAUCGGGCACAGCUGUUGAAUUGGAACACGAAGUAGAAAAGAAGUACCAAACCAAUCAAGCAUUUCAGCAAACAGUUCCGCUUGAAUUGUUUUUCUUAAUAAAAGAGGAUGCAAAAUAUAUUGACGAACCCUGUGUGCAAAAACUUUGGAAAAUGGAUAUAAACAUUCCUCAUCCAUGUGAAAAUCCUCGAAAGGUUAAAGUGCUGUAUAUUUUUGGUGACACUGAAUUAAGAGUGACUGCUGUAGAAAUGGAUACCGGGACACCAUGUGAAGCCACAAUUGGUGGAAUAUGUUAAACUGAUUGUGUGAUAUUUCAAAGUCAUUAACUAAUAUAAAAUUAUCAUCAAAAUUUUACAUUCUUCACUGCAAACAUAGAAUUCGAGACCAAUAUAAGAUUCUGUCCAAAUUUGUUGAGGAAAUUAUAAAUUAUCUGGAUACACUGUAGUACAAACAUUGUAACAGGAGUUUUUCUUUUGAAAUGCAUUGAACAAAAGAAUUUUUCAUGGACAAGUCAAUGAAUUUCAGAAAAAAAAUUACUUUAAAGCUCAGUAAAGGGUGGAACAAUAGAAGCUAGAUUUACAACAUAUACUAGUAUCAUAGAUCUUAGUUUGAUGACAGAGAUUAUAUUUCUUUGUAACAAUGUAUACAGGGUAACAAAGCAAAAGACAUACACUAGAUGUCAUAUUUGGUGAAAAUAAUAGACAAAUUAUGAAUAAAGG